UACAGUCCCUGAAGGCAGCAGGCUGCUUCAUAACACCUCAUCUGAAAACCUCACCUGAACUCUGAGGCAGGUUACAGAGAGAGGAAGGAGACAUGGCUGCACUGUUUAAAGCACGGAGAGCUCUGGGUUUGUGUGUCAGUGGAUGUCGGAGCUUCUCUCAGCUGGCGGAGUUACCGGACACUCACCAGCUCCUCAGGCAGACCUGCAGAGACUUCGCCGACAGAGAGCUGACCCCCAUCGCUGCUCAACUAGACCGGGAUCAUUCUUUCCCGGCCCAACAGGUUCAGGAGCUGGGGGCGAUGGGCGUGAUGGCCAUGGAGGUCCCAGAGGAGCUGGGUGGAGCAGGGAUGGACUAUCUGGCGUACAGUCUGGCGAUGGAGGAGAUCAGCAGAGGCUGUGCCAGUACAGGAUGUGUGGUGUCCGUGAACAAUUCGCUCUACAUCGGGCCCAUCCUGAAGUUCGGUUCAGAAGAGCAGAAGGUGGAGUGGAUCACACCGUUCACCACGGGAGAGAAGGUGGGCUGCUUCGCCCUCAGCGAGCCAGGUAACGGCAGUGACGCAGGUGCAGCCUCCACGACAGCCCGUCAGGACGGAGACGAGUGGAUCCUGAAUGGAACCAAAGCCUGGAUCACAAACAGCUGGGACGCCUCGGCCACCGUCGUGUUCGCCACUACAGACAAGAAGCUCAAACACAAGGGUAUCAGCGCCUUCCUGGUCCCGAUGCCCAGCCCGGGUCUCUCUCUGGGGAAGAAGGAGGACAAGCUGGGCAUCAGAGCGACAUCCACGGCUAACAUCAUCCUGGAGGACUGCAGGGUGCCGCUGGGAAACAUGCUGGGUCCACGAGGGGCUGGAUUCAAGAUCGCCAUGCAAACCCUGGACAGUGGGAGGAUCGGCAUCGCGGGUCAGGCUCUCGGUAUCGCUCAGGCCUCUCUGGACUGUGCCGCGGACUACGCACACAAACGCACCGCGUUCGGAGCGCCCAUCGGGAAGAUGCAGGCGGUGCAGUUCAAACUGGCCGACAUGAAUAUGGCGAUAGAGAGCGCUCGUCUCCUCACCUGGAAGGCUGCUCUUCUCAAGGAUGCAAACAAACCCUUCACCAAGGAGGCCGCCAUGGCUAAACUGUCAGCGUCUGAAGCCGCCACGUUCUGCGCCCAUCAGGCGAUCCAGGUUCUGGGUGGGAUGGGUUACGUGUCGGACAUGCCCGCCGAGAGGCACUACCGCGACGCUCGCAUCACUGAGAUCUACGAGGGCACCAGUGAGAUCCAGAGACUGGUGAUCGCCGGCCAGUUACUGAAGGAGUACCAACCAUAGACCAGCUGCUGCAGUGCCUUCACUACAACACGGACAAAUAAUCACAGGAGGGGAAUCAGAUAAGUCGACCCGGGGAGACCGCAUUCAUCAAGAUUUAAAGGAGACGUGGGAUCGGGAGCAGCUUUUAUUCUUUCAGAGACCACGAUACAGAACUUUGACUUUCAGAUGAUUCAACACGUCCAUUACCUCCGUUAUCUCGUGUCUCAGAGGAAAUCAAGAGCUGUGUUUCAGUUUAAAGGGUCAGUCCACCUUUUUUUUAAAGGACAUCUUCUCUUUGUGGUGUCGACCUGUGCCUGGGGAGUCCGUCUGUCUCUUUCUCUCAGAGCGUCAAACCGUCUACAAUCACACAUUGCCAUCCUUGUGUUCUGUCUUUACUGUACUGAAUGUAAUUAAAUUAAUAACUGACAUUUUAACAGAGAAAUGAAAA